AUUACAAUCACGGAGUCAAAUAGUGCUGAUGACAAGGAACCCCUGUCCGCAGGGUCAUCCUGCACUCAUCACAACAACAAAAUAUGUGAUGGACAGUGGUCAAACCAAUCUCAGUCUGCACAAGAUGUAAAGGGCAAUAGUACCAGUGCCUCUAAGUGCGACCAUGGUUUGUCACUAAAUCUGAACAAUUUGGAACCAUCCACUUCAACGGGAAAGUCUUGUAAAACACCUCAGACACCAAAGACACUAUCAGCUUGUAACACGCCAAAAACACCUCCAGUUACCCCAGAUUUUUAUUCCAAUGGUGAUUACGAGGACGAACAAGAUUCUGUGUUCAGCUACAGCUCAGGACGUUCAACUAUGUCGUGUGAACAUGCCUAUGUCGCUAGAAAUGGAACAACAUUUAGCGGAAGAAGGAUGAAAUAUGUGGUGCAUUGCUCAAGCUAUGCAGGGGCAACUGGGGAGGAUUAUUUGACGCCCACUCAGCGAGCACAGCGUCAAAUUAAGCGACUUCGCGAAAUGCUGAUGCUUGCAAAAUUAGACCUUGAGCAAAAGGACAGCGAAAUUUUGCGUCUCACAAAGGAAGUAGUGGAACUAAGACUGUUCAAAGCAUCCCUUAGCUCACCAGAAGACCGUUCAAAUUCAAGUGAUGCAGUUACGGUGCGUGAGAACACUGUGAAUGAUUUACAAACGUCCACCGACGUAUCACCGAUUGUGGAUAUGGUGGAUGAUGGAGGAGGGAUAACAAAACUAUGUCCAAGGAAUGAGAUUUUUAAAUCAAAUAUGGCAAAUUCACAAAUGAUUGAAAAACUAUGUCAAUCAGAUAUGCAAAGUUCUUUCGCUGAUUCAGGACACUUUGAAGACAUGACUACAUCGUCUGUACAUUCAAAGGACUCUUUUGUUCAGACACAAGAUCAAGCAAGUGGUACAGACUACACAGAAGAUGAACAUCAGAAAUUAAUUGAAAUGUAUGAGCGUAGAUUUGAAGAACUUAUUUGGCAGCACGACUUAGACAAGCAGGAAAUUAAAAGAUCUCACAAUGAUCAUGUUGAAGCAUUGCUGCGAAAGCUGUCUGAGAGUAAUGCCCGUUUUGUGGAUCUCAUGCCGGAUUAUGAGCAAGCCAAAGAGCGCAUUAAGGAGUUGGAAAGAGAACUUGAUGCUCUGCAGGAGAAAUUGAAUACACAGGAAGAUAAGCAAAAUAAAAUGUACCUUCAUAUGUAUGCAAAGGAGCGUGAAGCUUUGAGAAUUAAUCAUACGGAUCAGGAGUUUCAAACACCGUCCAAUUCGCUGAAUGUACUAGAAUUUACCAGGCAAGCACCGAAGCAUGUCUCAGUUCCGGAGCUUUUACAGCAAUUGCAGGUUACUCAAGACGAAUUAGAAAACAUCAAGGACACAAAUUAUCUUCCUGAGUCUGGCAGUUCGGAAAUCCUAUUAAGUGCUAAAGAAGCGAUUUCAUUGUGGCUCCUUGGCGCAAGAAAGACUAUGUACCGUCGUUUGAUCGAUGCACAACAUUCAAAGAGCAAAGUGGAUCCUGAAGUGACGCUACAAUUUCUUAAAAGUGCAAUUUAUUAUUUUCUCACAGACAAGGAAAAUUCUCAAGGGCACUUAGAUGCAAUUGAAAGUAUUUUGGAUUUCUCUGAACUGGAGAAAUCCAACAUUGAUAAAGCUAGAUCUAGCAAAUAAUUUUUUUUGUUAUUUAAUAUUAUUUUGAAGUUCUAAUUUUAUUAUACAGUGGGACCCCAGUACAACGACCGCUUGGUUAUACUACUCUCGCGCAUUAAAAUUAAUGAGUGUGAAGAGUACAUCCGAGUGGUCGUUGUACUGGGGUCCCACUGUAUUAUAAUAUAAGAUUUAUUUACGUUAUAAGGAGUCGCAACCUCUCACGUUUCCUAUGUUUUAGUUCCUACACAGUUGGAAAGAGAAAUGAAUUGCUUAUUUUCAAUUAACCAUUAUACUAUGAAUUUGCUCAAAUAUUGUAAUAUUUCUCCCGUAUGUAUGUUUUUGUUAAGAUAGUAAGCUCUCAUCUUAUAAGUUACACCUAUAUCUGAUAAUGAGGUCUCGACUCCUUGUAACUGUAAAGCUUUUUGCAGAAAAAUAUUUUAUUCCGUUUUUCGUGAUAUUCUUUUUAUGUAGUCAUAUAAUACUAAUUAUCUAUAUGAUUUAUAAUAAUUGGAGAUGUUAAAUUCUCAGUGGACACAACGUUUAGUUAAGAUUUUGCCAUCUUCUUCAGGCUGUCUGCUAAAGAAUUUCCUCCUACUGAUCACUCAAGUUUUUAAUGUUGUUAUGUAAAAAAAAAACUUAUAAACAUCCUGGUUAAUUAUAUAAAUUUUUCAGAUUCUCAGAGAAUAAUUUUCAUCAGGCUUAUUAUCCAAUCCGCUUUACUGUUUGAAGACCAAAAUUUUGCCUAAACGUUGUGACUAUAACAAGAAGACAUCUCAAUUUUUUUAUUUGACUGUGGUUCUUAAUGACAAAUAUUCAACAAUAUCUAUCUAUGACUUACUGUUAUUAGAAUUAUAAUGAGUAUACAUGAUACUUACAUUAAAAAAAAAAACAAAGCUCCGUUAAUACAGAAAAUAUGUAUAUUUUUUGCAAAAUGAAUUCCGUCGUUAGUGCCUACAAUGCUGUUAACUGCUGUAUGUAACCGUGAGAACAACACUUUAUUUUCAAAGACAUGCAUUUAGAUUAUUUUAAGUUACAAAUUUUAUAUCAUAACAGUACGGUGUAAUGAAAGAAAGCACAACAGUGAAGUUAUACAAUUUAUUUUUUAUUUUACCUGUUAGAAUAUUUGGAUCUCUAAUAAAGUUAUUAAAGUUGAA